UACCACACGAUAUCAAAGCGCAAACGCUUAUUAUCGCUCUUAUUUGUACCAAAGUAUUUGUGUCCGCUGUAUACUCUGGCGCUCUCAUGGCAGACAGCCUCUGAGGUUGGAGCUUGCUUGCUAUAUAUCAGAAUUGAAGCUUCUGACUCCAGUUCUCAUUUUGAUUUCAAUCGCUGACAACGUCGCUUGAAUCGUGUUUAUAUUACGUUGUUCUUUGUCAGUAACAUCGGUGCAGCAGUUGAUUUCUUUUUGUUCAGACGCCCUUCUGUCAAAAUUCAUACGCUUAAAACCUACUUGAUUUUAAAAUUGGAUGCUCGCUCAAAUGUGUUUCUAUUACGAAUAGAUAUUGCGUGUACUCAAUCAAAAUAGGCAAGGGUGUUAACUUUUAAAGGUUCAAAUGCAAAAUCACAGUGUGUAAAACAUUCUCACUUAUCAGAAAAAUAACAAACAAUUGAAAGGAAAUACAAUAUAAUCAGACGUCAAGUGUCUACAUUGGCUAUCAUGGACUACGGAAAGUCACCGCCCACACAGUUCACUGACAGUAGUAUACCCACAUAGCUAAAGCUAUUAAAUUUUAUUGUGCAGUUGAAAAUAUAGUACUUUGCUUAGAUUUCUCUGUUCUGCGUAAAUUGUGAAAUAUAUGUAUGUACAUACAUAUGUAUGUAAUAAAUGCUUGUAUUUUAAACGUGACUUUGGUUAAAUGUAUAUAAAUUUGCAGUGAGAAAACUAACCCGAAUGAGUUAUCUUCAAAGUGAGUUUGUAAUGCAUAUAACUUUUUUGUCAAAUGCAUUAAACUUAAAAAUCGGUUGUGACAACAUUGCCUUCACAUUGAAAAGGAUUUGCGGCUUGUAAACCAUAUACAUACGUAUCGAGGACAUAUGCAUAUAUUCAUGCAUAUGAGCAAGUGCGGAAGUGUAGGCAGUUCGUAGUGGGCGUACAUGUGUCCGUGCAUCGGUUAAGCGUCUCGAGUGUUUGCUCGUCGGUCAUAGAAUAGAUUUCAAACGACCCACCAUCAACCAACCACCAACACACUAAACAACACUCCGACCAAAAACUUUACAUACAGAUACAUAUACAAGCUAGUGCAAUAAAGACGAUUAAGUGCUGAAUUUAACGUCCCGCAGCAUAAUAAUUUUUGCAUUUAAAUUAUUGAAUAUUAUACUUAAAUUUUUGCAAUACGCACAACACAACAACAAGCAAGCUGAAACAUGGAUUUGAAGUUCGUCAAUGUCCUUAUAUUGGGCUUCGGCUUUAUGUUCGUUUUUACGGCCUUCCAAACUAUGGGUAACAUUGAGAAAACGAUUCUGGAUAGCAUUGCAAAAGAGGAUAGCAGUUUCACCGCUGAUGGCUACACAAGUUUGGCUAUUAUUUACACAGCAUUUUCGCUAUGCAAUUGGCUGGCGCCGUCCUUUAUUUCAUUUACCGGGCCAAGAGUGGCCAUGUUGGUGGGCUCACUCACUUAUACCUUAUUCAUGGUUACCUUUCUAUUUCCCUCCAAUUGGUUGCUCUACCUUAUGAGCGGCGUUUUGGGCGCCGGUGCAGCCAUUACAUGGACCGGUCAGGGUAACUUUUUGGCACGCUGUAGUGAUCUGUCAUCCAUAUCGCGCAACUCGGGCAUCUUCUGGGCCUUGUUGCAAUGCAGCAUGUUCUUCGGCAAUAUUUUCGUUUACUAUCAAUUCCAAGCUAAAGAGCAUAUAGAUGCUGAUACGCGCAAUGUUGUUAUUGGUGUGUUAACGGCUGUUGCCAUAUUGGGUAUAGUGUUCCUAGCGGCGUUGCGGCCAAUGCCGGACAAUUCGGUGGGCACAUCGGAGGCACAACGGCAGGAGCAACAAAAUCGCACCGGCUGGGGUAGUGCUGUGUAUGCGUUUAAAUCAGCGGGCAAGCUCUUCAUUACAAGGGAUAUGCUGUUGCUGAGCGUGGCGUUUCUUUAUACGGGCAUGGAAUUGUCCUUCUUCAGUGGCGUUUAUGGCCCAUCCAUUGGCUUUACAAAGAAGAUACACACCACACCCAAGGAAAUUGUCGGUUUGGCGGGCAUUUGCAUUGGCGCUGGUGAAGUGUUUGGUGGCGGACUAUUCGGUAUACUCGCUAAGAAGACUACACGCUUUGGACGGGAUCCCAUUGUAAUUGCCGGCUAUGUCAUCCAUAUGGUUGCCUUUUUCUUGAUAUUCCUUAAUUUGCCCGAUAAUGCACCGUUCAAGGACACCGAGGAUAUUUCAUAUUUGGACCCACCACGUCCCUGGGUUGCUCUACUCUGUGCGUUUAUGUUGGGAUUAGGUGACGCGUGCAUGAAUACACAAAUCUAUUCGAUGUUGGGCGGCGUUUAUGUCAAGAACUCUGUGGGCGCUUUUGCGCUAUUUAAAUUUACGCAGUCCACUGCUGCGGCCAUAAGCUUCUUCUAUUCAUCACAUCUCGGUUUGCGUGCUCAGCUGGGAAUUUUGGUAGUAUUCGGCACACUAGGCACUGCCUGUUUCUGUAUUGUUGAAUGGGCGGUGAAACGGCGACAACGCGAAUCGCCGGAAGACUCUCGAACUGUUUCGCAGGACUCUCGCUCAGUAUCGUAUGACAAAUAAAAUAUUUAAUUUUAUUAUUUUGAUAGAAGACAAGCUCCUAAACUCCUGAAUUAUAUGUGGCAUAUGCGACCUGAUCUGACAACAACAAUUUUGAAGCUGAAAUAAAAAGUUUAAAGGUAUACAUACAUCAUAUUAUAUAAAAAUUAUUGUAAUCAGAGUUCAAUAUUUUGUAUUCUACAAUAAGGAGUUUAUAAAGGUAACAUCACAUAACGGUAUAAAUUAAUGUUGCGACACACAAAUGUACGAGUAUAUUGAAUGUAUAUAAAGAAUAUAUUUAUAAUUAUUAUGUAUAUGUAUGUGUGUGUUUUUAAUUUAGGUAGUAUUUGGUCUUCCGGGACAAUAAUUAAUGUCAAACUAAAAUACAAAUUAAAAGUUAAAAAAAAGCAAAUACAAAAUGAUAUUGUUACAUCGUAAUUCACUAGCGUAAACAUUUAUUUAACGCAAUUUUUUAUGCGUUAAAUAAUAAUAUUGCAAUAUUUUCUUAUUUGUUAUAACGCCAAACUGUAUAUUGUUUGUUUAAGACAUGAGUUUUUAUAUUAUAUAUAUGUAUAUGGAUACAAUAUUUUAUAAAAAAAGAAACGUUGACUAUAUGUAUUACGAAAAAUCCUGUUUGAAUUUAGAUAUAUGUAAAUGUAAGUAAUGUUUGUAAUUGUUGUAUAUACAUGCAUAUUAUUAUAUAAAUA